AUGGACAUCCAACAGCGAGGGCGCUCUCCCUCGGUCGGCCAGCGCAUUCAUAAGGCGCACUCUCCCUCGCCCAGCCCACAUGCGCCCUUCCAGCACCAGCACAACGUCGGCCUGGGCUUCGAUCCUGCUCAAGACCCAUCCUCGUACGCCGUCACCAGCGCGGGGCUAAACAACACGCACUUCCUCACCACGACCCAAGGCCAACCAUUUCCCCAACAGAACACCUUUGCCGACCCAGCUUUCUUCCAAGCUGCGCAGAACAUCUCGCAGCACAACACUCCGCAAUUCGGCCCCCAAGGCAGCAACAUCUCGCCCGACCCACUCGACAUCGCCAACUCCACCAACGCCGACUACGCCAACUUCUUCCAGGCCAACGACCUCGCCCAGAACCAAUCGCUGCCCUCGUAUCUUGGGAACACGCUUGACCCGCACAUGCUCGACGGCCAGUCGCAACACAACCAGUCCAUCGACCCUUCCGAUCUUAUGCACCAGAUGGCAGCCACACAGCACAACGCGCCUACCCCGCCGCACCUGCUGCCCAACAUGAACAACCACCAUUCUCCGAGCCCACAUGCUUCGCCGAACCUGAACCAAGGCCCUUUCAGAUCACCCGGCCAUUCGCGACACACGUCGUUGGAUCCCAGCGCAGCCUACGGUCAGAUCACGGAAUGGGGGCAGAUGGCGGGCGGGUUUGGCCAGCACAGGUCUAGGUCUAGGGGCAACAGCGAUGCUGCGUCCUCUGUACACGCAUCGUCGGUGCACAACUCGCCGUACCUGCACCACCAGGACAGCUUGGACAAUGAGCAGCCGUCACCCCUCAUCAAUGCACAGAACGACCCCCAGCUAUUCCAGGACCCUGUUCCAGGAUUCGACCGAUUCAACCUGAACAGCAGCAAUGCGCACAUGAGCGCGGGUAACAGCCCUCACAUCUCACCUCGUCUGCUUCCGACGAAUCAACAAGUCCUUCCGCAAUUCCAGCCCGAAACCUUUGGUCUCACUCAGAACAUGAACCCGUAUGCGCCUCCAGACAUGAAUAGCUACCCAGGUCAAGCUGAGCCGUUCCCCUCACUGAACCAGCCUGUGCCUGAGUUCGGUCAGGCCGACGCCAUGUCACCGCCGGAAAUCAAUAUUGACUUUGCACCGCCUUCACGGCAAGCAAGCUUUGAGCCACCCAAGCCCGAGCAUCAAAUAGAUGCGCUGAGCCCGCCAGACAGAUCACGCAGCCGGAACAGAACUCGCGCCAGAUCCGAUCCUUUCAGCAGUGCUAGCUCGCGCGCAUCAACACCAGGCUCGGACGUGAACCGCUCACUUUCCCCCCACGCUGCCAAGUCUCGUUCCCCUUCGCCCUCGAAUAAAUCCUCGCGUCGUUCUUCCACAUCAAGCGUACCCAAUCGCGACUACAUCUUGGAUCUUGCAGAUCCGUCGCGACCUGCGCCCGCGGAUGGCUCCAACCCAAAGCGCACACAGAAGCAUCCGGCAACCUUCCAGUGCACGCUGUGUCCGAAGCGCUUCACUCGAGCCUACAACCUCCGAUCGCAUUUGCGCACACAUACGGACGAGCGUCCGUUCGUCUGCAGUGUCUGUGGGAAAGCCUUCGCGCGCCAACACGAUCGCAAGCGACAUGAAGGCCUCCAUUCGGGCGAGAAGAAGUUUGUCUGCCGUGGCAACCUCAAGAAUGGCAACAACUGGGGCUGCGGUCGACGAUUCGCCCGUGCAGAUGCUCUUGGACGUCACUUCCGAUCCGAGGCAGGCCGCGUGUGUAUCCGUCCGCUACUCGAAGAGGAGGCGCGCGAGAAGGGUGAAUGGGACGGCCAGAACCAGCAGCUGAACAAUGGCAAUGGCAUGUUCGCACCAAUGCCAGCUCAAAACUUUGGUAGCAUGAUGCCCGGGCAAACUGGCUUUGAGUCGUUCCCUCAGGCUGGGGGCAUGCAAGCCCCACAGCCAUUCCUGCCUGCUGCCAUUCUCGCUCAGUACCCAGCACUCGCGGGCAUUCAGUGGGAUCAGCUCCCAGCUGGGCCGCCUGACGACGAUGGCGAUAUCAGCGGUCGCAGCAGUUUCGAUGCUUCUAGUGGAGGCGAGUACUUUGAAGAAGAGAGCGACUAUCAGCAGAGCGGUCAACAGCCCAUGUACGCUGGUGGAAACAACAGCGGGUGGGUUAGUGACUCGUACGACGGACGGUAA